AAGCAAGAACCCUUUCAGUUGAGCAGCGCGAUCAUCGUGACCAUGACGACGAGUAGUGCUGCGGGCAUCCAAGACAUCCUUCUCGGGCUCACACUCGAUGCACCGAACUCAGAUCUGCACGAUUGCCACAUUUUGACCAACCCGCUUGACCUAUGCCGCUUGCUUCUUGCCCAACUCCUCGCCGAAAUCCUAGGAUGUGAGCCGGAAGAAGCUUACCGCGCCAUCCAAUGGCCGAAUAACAUCUUCAACGGGGAUUUGACUGUAACACUACCAAAACUUCGUCCCGGCGUGAAACCCGCCGAGUUUGUUCCAGAACUGAUGAAGAAGUUUCCAAAGGAUCACCCUCUGUUCCCCCAUCCAAUAAUCGAUGGCGUUCACAUGAGAGUUUUCCUCAGUCCGGAAAUGCUACCAAAGCUGUUCAUUCCUUACAUACUCGAACGGAAAACCAGUUUCGGCAACAAUCCGACUUUGGGACGACUCAACUCGGAAAACGUCGAAGAAAGGCGCAAAAAGCUUCUGGUGGAAUUUUCGUCACCCAACAUCGCAAACGAAUUCCAAGCGAAACACCUUCGAAGCACCAUUCUUGGUGCAUUUGUUAGCAAUAUCCAUGAACAUAUGGGUUGGGAUGUUACAAGAAUCAAUUAUCUCGGCGAUUGGGGUAAGCCCAUCGCCCUGCUCAAAGUGGGUUGGGACAAGUUUGGCAGUCAUGAAGAAUACAAAGACGACCCUGUUCAUCAUCUUCUUUAUUUGUAUCAUCAGAUUGAUGAGCUGUUUCAACCUGAAGUCGCUGCUAGUAGACAAGCUCGAGACGAAGCUGCUAAGAACGGACAAGAUGAGGGGGAGGCCCAAGUGGACAUCGAGAGCCGUGGCAUUUACUUCGAGCGUAACACGGCCUCCAAAAGACUGGAAGAUGGAGAAGAGGGGGCAGUUGAAUUUUGGAAACUCAUUCGAGACGCAAACAUCGAGAACUACAGUGAAUUCUAUGCUCAGCUUGGCGUCAGAUUUGAUGAGUACACCGGCGAGUCUCAGGUCAAACCAGAAACCAUAACAGAAGUGGAGCAUUUGUUAAAAGAGAAAGAGAUCUGUAAAGAAAGUGCUGGGGCUUGGGUGGUUCAUAUGCAAGAUUUUGGUUUGAAAGCCGGUACUGCCAUCAUCAGGGAUCGGAAUGGAGCGACCACAUACUUACUUCGAGAUCUCGCGGCUGUGCUUGAAAGAUCGAGACAGUAUGACUUCGACAAGAUGAUCAUAGUUGCUGGAAGUGAUAACAGUGUUCACUUCACGCAUGUGCAUCAUAUAUUAAGCGCGAUGGGGAUGGAGGAACUGUCGAAUAAGAUACAGCAUCUCAAAUUCACCGAAACUACCCGGCUGUCCGACACCCUGGGAACCAUGUACAAACCAGAGGCGAUCAUUGAGCAUUGUGAAGCAGCCAUGCUACCAGUCCUAGAAGCCGAGGAAGAAAAGACAGUACUGUUCAAAGACAACAUGGAAGCCAUUAAAGCGUUGGGCAUCUCAGCGCUCCUUAUCUCUGAGCUUUCAACCCGUACAGCAACUUCUCACUCCUUCAAUUCAAUUGUAAUGACUACUUUCAAAUCCGGUACGGGUCCCGAACUACAAUACUGGUACGCGAAGCUCGUUCAUGUUCUCGAUGGACACACUGCCAGCUCCGAACUUUCAGACGAAGACGUCGACGUGCUUGCGGACGACGAGCCUUCAAGCUUGCUCCGUAUUAUAUUGCAGUUUCCGGAAAUCAUUCGUCUCAGCUAUCAAACUCUUGAGCCAGCUGCCAUUGUUGCGUACUUGUCGACCGUCACUGAGCAACUGGCAGACUGUUUAGAAGAAGGAAUAGAAGAUGAUACAGGCUCGAAAGACGAAGAUGAAGAGAAUAUACGGAUAAAAGAAGAGAAAACGCUGAAACCUGGUCAGAUAUCUCUUUAUGAAUCCGCACGUAUUGUGCUCGAAAACGGAAUGGCACAGCUUGGCUUGGUUCCCUUGACCAAAUUGGCCCAACAGCGUGCCGACACUCCUGUUGCAGAUUGA